AACAAAAUAUUUACGUAUCUAUAUUCUCUCUGAGAUCAUUUCUUCAAUUGUGUUCUGCUGUUAAAGCUUUCAUUUUUCUUUUGGUAACUGGACGAUUGCCAUUUCUAGCAAUCUUCUGAGUUAGUUCUCUUGUCCAGUACUUGAAUUGGUUAUUAACGACAUAACCACAAGUAUAUAUAUAUAUAUAUAUAUACAUAGUUUCUUUUUUAGCCUAUCAGUUCAUCCAAGAUGUUAUCUGAAGAUGGGCUUUCCAACAUCAGAGGGUUUCCUCAAGAGCCCCCAGAUCCAAACCCUAACCCUAACUCAAACCCAUCUUCAGCCAAUAAGAAGAAGAGAAGCUUACCUGGAAACCCAGAUCCAGAUGCAGAAGUCGUAGCUUUGUCCCCAAAGUCUCUAAUGGCGACGAACCGGUUCAUCUGCGAAAUCUGCAACAAGGGUUUCCAGAGAGACCAGAACUUGCAGCUCCACCGACGGGGACACAACCUUCCAUGGAAGCUCCGACAGAGAAGCAACAAAGACGUUAUCCGGAAAAAGGUCUACGUCUGCCCCGAAAAGAGCUGCGUACACCACGACCCGUCGCGAGCCCUCGGCGACCUCACCGGAAUAAAGAAGCACUACAGUAGGAAGCACGGGGAGAAGAAGUGGAAGUGCGAGAAGUGUUCCAAGAAGUACGCGGUUCAAUCGGAUUGGAAAGCUCACAGCAAGAUUUGUGGGACUAGAGAGUAUAAAUGUGACUGUGGAACACUCUUCUCCAGGAAGGAUAGCUUCAUAACUCAUAGAGCUUUCUGUGACGCUUUAGCCGAAGAAAACGCCCGGUUUGGCGCAGUGACAACUCCAAAUAUUCCAAACUUCAUUAAUAUCAACCACAACAGCAACAACAAUCCUCAAGCAGCUGCAGCCAGAAUCAUGCCUCACCUCUCGCCGAUCUUCCCACCGGACUUCGCCGCUGAGUCGCCGAACAACUUCGGCAACGCCACUUCGGACCACGGCCAAAUUAGGCCGAGAGUUCCACUUUGGCUAGACUCCGCGAAUUCUCACCAUCAUCAGCAGCUCAACUCCAACGCUUUUAUGGCCGGAAACUCAACGGGGCUACUGCCUCAGCAUGACCUGCUACAGGGCGCAGCCACAGUGAACUUGUUCGGACAACCGUCGUCGACGACUCCGUGGCUCAACAAUAAUUCGGGGCAGCUUGCUAUGUCGUCCUCGUCAUCGAUGCUGCCUCGGGGACUAUUAAAGGAGGAAGAUGAAGAAUCCAAAGGAAUUAAUGGUGCUAAUAAUAAUGGAGUAUCGGAAACAAUGUCUUCUCUGCAGCAUCCAAGCAUCCAGAACCUCCAACAGAGUCCAGCUCACAUGUCCGCCACUGCGCUUCUGCAGAAAGCAGCCCAAAUGGGAUCCACACGAAGUAGCUGCUCAGCUUUCAAUGGAAGCGCUUUUGGUUUGAUGUCCUCGUCUUCUAACAAUAAUAAUUCAGCUACGAAUAAUAGCUUCAGCUCUCAGAACAAGCUAUUCGUCAGGUCAUCACAAUUACCAAAUCAGACCAGUACCACAACCGAUAGCUUCAACGACUUGGUGAACUCUCAAACGGCAACAAAUAUUAACGUAGCAGAUCAUCAUCAUCAAGCUGCAGCAGGAGGCCAAGUCAUGACGAGGUCAUCGUCAUCAAUGUUCUUGGGAAACUCCAAGAGCAAUUUGGACCAGCUAAAUAUGGCUAAUAAUAUGAAGCAGUCCCAAUCCAAUACUAAUGAGAAUGAGCACAGUUUGACUAGAGAUUUUCUCGGAGUAGGAAGUGACCACCAUCAUCACCACCAUGGGAGCGGGUCAUUCUUUCAACAAGAGCUCGCCAAGUUUGCUUCAAUGGGUUCGGCCAUGAACUUAAGCCAGUACAGCGCAGGGAAUCACUGAUCAUAUUUGAGCUUCUGAUCUUCUAGAAACAACAGAAAAAAGAGGUACUCCUAAUUACAUUAGGCCCUGAUCAAGUUUGUACUGCUUGUACAAAACAAUCCAUGUUGAUCGAGAAACAUUUUUAGCUAGUUUUGGAUAGAACAGAUACGCAAAUUUGGAAGAGUAGAGAUUACAAUUAUUAGGAGCUAGAUCAGAAAAGAAAAUGAUAUGCCGAGUUCUCGGUCUAAAAGCGACCGAGUUAACUCUGGAGAAAGAGAGAGAGAGGUAGAAAGAUAGAGAGAAAGAGAAAGAAAUAGAGGGGUCUCGUGAAUGGUCAGAGAAAGAGGGGGCCAGUGCAUGUUGGAGGAGACUAAACAAAAAGAGACUUGGCAAUCAAGCGUGAGGCUUCGGGACCCUCUCCAUGCAUGUUGUAGAUUUUUGUUUAGUUUUUUUUUUAAGUAUUUAUUUUCUUUUUUUUUAUUAUUAUUACUUUGUGAAAUUUACUUUUGCCUUGACGUUGAUGAAACCUAGUGUGUCAUACUCGGCUGUGACGUUUUGUCACGGCUCUUUUCCCACUGUCUUCAACAAAAACAUUUUCGACCGUGAACUUUAGAAUAUUAAUGGUUUUUCUGACGUGUGGGCCUCUCAAUAGUAUUGCUAAUUAAUUAAUAUGCUUGCCCCUCAGGUUGAGUUAAUGCUGGAGAUUAAAGAAUUUUAGUUACUAUAAUA